UGGACACUUUCGUGACGUUCAACGACGAACCACAACGCCGAAUUGCUGUCCAUCGCCGUCCAUCGCAUGGGGAAGACUUUUGAGUGCCUUUCAGAGCAGCACAUUGCCUGGCUGAAAGAGCAGCGGGUGUUCUUUGUCGCAACUGCUGCGGACAAAGGACACGUUAACGUGUCGCCCAAGGGCUAUGUUCAGGGCACUUUUGCAAUCCUUUCUCCAAAGUCUGUUGCCUAUUUAGAUUUCACAGGCAGUGGAGCUGAAACUGUGGCUCACAGCCUGCAGAAUGGUCGCAUAACACUGUGCUUUGUGGCCUUCAAGGGUGACCCCGUGAUCAUGCGCCUCUAUGGCACAUCCAAGGUGGUUCCGCGCGCAGCUGCUGAGAGCUUUCUGCCGAACUUCGAAGCUGAGUUCACCCAGCACAGCGGGUUCAGAGCCGUCAUUGUCGUGGAUGUGCAUCGCGUGCAAGGUUCGUGCGGCUUUUCCAUUCCCAUCUUCGACUAUGUGAGCGAGAGGGACAUUCUGAAGGAAAAUUUUGCCAAGAAGGACAAUGAUCAGGCGAAUGACUAUCGCAUCUUGAAGAACAGCUUCUCCAUUGACCUCCUCCCUUCGAUUGGCCAUCGUAUCCUGAACAACAAGGCACCUUUGGUGGCUGCAAGGUUCAAAGAAGGCUUUUGGUUUGGAUACAAAGACAUGAGUUGGCCCGAAUGGAUUUGGAGUUCAUGGAACUUCUGGAGCUUCAGAGCCAAUUUGCAGAGCAGAGACAUCGCGAUGAUGGCCUUUGGCGGGUUGCUUGCCUUCGCGUGGUUCCAAGCCACGAGCACCAGGUCUGCUGAUCCGUGAGCCCAGCUUGUGAGCAUCGUGUUCUGCACGCAACCGCAACAAGGCUUUUCGACAGGCUUUUGCGCAACCGAACCAUUUGGUUGUGUGCAGUUGUACAGACUGGCCACAGCCAGGAGGAAGUGUUUGAGCACGGAUUGCAAGGAAGGUGUUCAUGUUCACUCGUGUGCGGUUUGAUUGUUAAGUCGCAAGAGUGUUAUAGCAGCGCAGCAUUUGAGGAUUGUUGGAAUACGUUUUGCACCUUGCUUGCUGAAAAAGACGGCAAUCGCCCACUGCUGCUAACAGCCGUAGCCAGCCUCCAGGAAGGGCACGAGCAUCGAAUCACAGCCGCGGUGGGUGCGCCCGCCCAAAGCCCGUGCGGGGCGGGGUGUGGAUGAAGAUCCAGGCAGGCGCCGGUGCAUCGCGGAGCGUCUGGCCGGACAGCUGCUUCAGAAGAGGAAGUUUCUUGAUGUCGAUUUGCUGCUGGUACUGAAGCAUGGC